GUUUGUUUACGUGUGCACGGGAAGGGCGGCGCCGAUGAACGCUGGGCCUCACACUCUGCCCAGACUGUUCCUGCAGGCCACACCACCCGCCCUUCCAUGGGGCUCUACCCGCAGAUAUGUUCUACCAACCGCUUGUGCCGGAUUCUCCUCCUGCCAGUGAGCCGGGGGAGUGGGAGGUGAAACUAAGGGAGAGGUCGCACUCUAGUCCUGGGGCGAGUGGUAGGCCCCGCAACUGGUCCAGAGCUGCUGACAGCCUCCACAAGAUUGAAGAGAAGGAUGAGGCUGCCGACAAAAACUCCAGGAAGGAGUAUAGGUUGUCGGGGUAUCUUUACAAGUUGUCUGGAACGUCCAGCAAGAGGCACGUCCCUGGUCUCAAGAGCUUGGGCAGCUCCCACAAGAAGCGGUGGUUCGUGUACUCUGACAGUGUGUGUAAGUUGUAUUACUACAAGCAGAAGAAUGAUCCCGAGCCUCUUGGAAUGAUCGACAUAUCGUUGGCAACAUUUUUCUUUGACCCAGUGAAUAAAAAUGAAGGACAGUUUACUAUUCGGUGUGGUAAUGAUGAGACGCUCUUGGAGGCAUCAUCGUCAAAGAGCCGAAUGUACUGGCUGCAGCAGUUACAAUCAGCACGCAGAGAGUUUAGCCAAAGACGCACUGCUACUAAGACUCCAGCUAGCCGAACUACUUCUACUAGGCGACCAGUAUCUGGGCUACUGCAAGAUAACAAGAGUGGUGAUGUUCCGACUCCGGAUCCUCACCAUGACCUCCUUGCACCAAUGACAUUCCCUCCUGACUCUGGGAUGAAUGAUCUACCCCCUCGAUCAACUUCUGCACUAACUGAUGCUCGAUUAGCCCUGUCAAAUUUGCUUCCUAAUACUCAACGCAAGAUUUUUAAAACUAAUAGUGAAUCUCCCAAGUCUCCAACUAGUCCUCAGGCAUCCAGGCAUAGCCCUCUUAGUUCUCCCACGGAUGAUCUGACUCUCGGAAAUCUUGGGCGAAAGCUUCGUAGCUCUUUUCGUGGGAGAAGAUCUGCAUCCUUGGAAGGGAAAGAUGGAUUUGAUGUUCCCAACUUACAUUCCAAAUCUGCGUGCAGAAAAUGUGAAGAGCUUCAACGAGAAGUAACAUCCGCUAAGGAAGAUCUGACUGCUACUCAAGACGAAUAUCAAGCAUCUCGGGAAGUUAUAGACCUCUUACAGAAGGAACUUGACUCUCUACAACAGGAAAAAGCUACACUCAUAAGUUUGGACCGAAGUGAUCUAACAGACAGUCAUGUCCUGGAGAUAUUGCGUGGAAAGGAUCGCCACAUUGUAAACUUGGAACACGACAACCAGAAGUUGACUAAUGAGGUUGCCCGGCUCCAAGAACAGCUCUCUGAUGCCCAGCUUCACGAGGAACGUCUUAAUGAAAAGCUCUCUAUGCUCACGUGCCUGAUUGAGGCAAAGGAUGAGGCUAUAGUGAGCCUAACUCAUCAGGUAGAUGAAACUAAUGCAGGCUCUCUCCCAGUAUCCCCUCCACCAAUGUCUGUUUUCAAAACAUGUGAUUUAACCACUCGAGGAACACAGACAACAGACACAGAAGAAGAUGCUCUCAAAGAUUCCCUUGAAGCUUAUAGAAACCAAAACAGCUUUUUAAAUAAGGAGAUCCUUGAACUGAAUCUCAUCAGGAAUCUUUCAUCUGAGAGGGAGCAGAAGCUGAUCAAAGAAUCAAGUGAAUGGGAAGCCAAGUUUUAUCAGAUUCAGAGUAAAUAUCUCCUAUUGCUGAAUGAGUUGCAUUCUCCUCGGGCAACUCAGCACGACCCAUCCAUUGUAUCUCAGCUGCUGCAGGAUGUGGUCGAAGCUCACGGGCCUCCAGAUCUCAGAGUUAUGCAAAACAAAGGUCGAGAGUAUGAUGAAUACGGAUUCUGCACUACUGCCCCCGAUGGAGGAAGCUUACAGUCGAGAGCCAAUUAUCUCCAAAAGCAGUCUCAAGCUCUUGCCCAUCAGGUGCAGAAUAGUGGGAGCUCGUGGGAAAGCAAAUGGGAAAGCUUCCUGGCAGGUACGAGUGCAAAGGAGCUACCACAGUGCACGGAACUUAAAUACCUCAUUCGGGGAGGUAUUCCCUACCAGUACAAGGGUAAAGUGUGGCGGCUGCUGAUAGAUUCGCAAGUUGCUCCUUUGAAAGCUGCAAUUCCACCUUCCUAUUAUCAAGAUCUUCUUGCCCAGCGAACAACUUCUUCUACACUUGAUGCUGCGGCCAAACAGAUUGAACUGGACCUGCUGCGGACAUUACCCAACAACCGCCACUAUGAAUCUUUCCACUCCGAUGGGAUAGCCAAGUUGAGGCGGGUGUUGCUAGCAUUUUCACGCCAUAAUCCCCAAGUUGGUUAUUGCCAGGGUCUGAACCGUUUAGCUGCCAUAGCCUUAUUGUUCCUUAAUGAAGAAGAUGCCUUCUGGUGUCUUGUGUUCAUUGUAGAGUUCCUUAUGCCCCCUGAUUACUACAAUAAAAACCUCUUGGGUUCUCAAGUUGAUCAGCGAGUAUUGAAGGAUUUAUUCGCUGAAAAGCUACCACGGCUUCACACUCAUCUAGAACAUCAUGGUCUUGAUAUUUCACUGUUUACAUUUAAUUGGUUUCUGUGCGUCUACAUUGAUAUUAUUCCUCCAGUUACCUACCUCACAAUUUGGGAUUCCUUUUUGUACGAGGGGUCCAAGGUUCUCUUUCGGUAUGCCCUUGCCAUAUUCAAGUUGUGCGAAGAGGGCGUUUUGGAAAGAUGCGACUACAUGGAUAUUUUUAAUUACCUGCGCUCUGUGCCAGAGCCCAUCACAGAUAUUCCGAGACUACAAGAGUAUAUAUAUAUACACACACACACACACACGUCUCUCUCCCUUACACUCAGACUGACUCACUCUCUCACACAUGUACGUAACGUGAUCUGUCUUGGAAGGAACACUUAGAUAACAACACCCACUUAAACUUAAGGAGCACACAAGGAACACCUGCGUCUUCACUGUAUACUGGCGGAACACUAUCAUCUUCACGGAACACCAGGAACUUCACGAAACACCAGGAUCUUCACGGAACACUAAGAUCUUCACGGAACAAUCUUGAUCUUCACGGAACACUAAGAUCUUCACGGAACAAUCUUGAUCUUCACGGAACACCAGCGUCUUCACGUAUCACAAGUCACGCCCUUGGCUACUCGACCCUCAAGCAACACAACGUCUCAUGUGUGUACACGGAACACAAGAUCACACGUGAAAUGCCGCCACCGUAGUUAUCGUGUUUGAGUGGCAAUUAAAUAUUUUGACUGAUAAAAAACUUCUAUAACAUUAACUAUGACAGAUCGUAGCGUCCAUAAUUUACCUCAGUUUCCCCCACCUGUAAAUAUUCCUCGUUCUCUAUGUGAGCUCCGGACUAGACUCUAAAAUUGAAUUUAGAUUAUCUAAAUUGUCUAACUCUCGGUGUGUUUAUAUGUACUUCCCGGUGCCUGUAGCCUCCUCAGUACUUCCUUUGUCAGUGCCCAGUACUUCCCACUCACCGUAGCCUCCACGGUACUUUCCUUGUCACUCACCCCAUGAUUUGACCGGUACUUCCCGGCCUCAAGCGUACUUUCCUUAUAACAAAUACUACUUCUAUCUAGUUUCGUCUCGCCCUCGGGUCACUUCCCGCGACGGCACUAACCCUGCA